UUAAAAGCAAUUAUUUUAUUACGUUUGCGUAACACUUAUAAAAGAUAAUGAGCUUUAGUAAAUUAAGUGCAUUUACGCACGCAAUCUAAUGUUGCACAAGUAACACGUUUUUCAUUCUGCGUGAAGCACCAGAGAAAAUUCACAACGUGCGCGCUCGUCAAAGUGUUUUGCUUCCAGAAAACAUUUACUAUUUCUUUUAUAAAAUAUUUUAUAUCACAAGCAUCUAUAGUAUCUAAUCAGCAGCCAUACUUUGCCAACCGCGUCAAUUAAUAAGGAAAUAAGAAGCAAAAAUGAACGAAGAGAUCCAUGUACAAGUGAAAGACAACUCUCCAUCGAUAGAGCACAUCUUGCGUCCAAUAUCGUACACAUCCUGGCUCCUGGGCGUCGGUGUUGCACAUCCACGGGAGUGUCCCAAGGCUAUAACGAUAAUUAUACGUAUAAUUUGUAUGACUGUAUGUUCCAUUAACAUGAUAUAUGACGCAAUAGAUUUCUAUUGUUCCUUUGAAGUAUUCGACAUGUAUAACUGCAUGCGGGAUCUAAAAAGAGCGACGGCUUACGUAUCAGCCUAUUAUUACAUUUAUCACGGAAUCAGACACUACAACAAGUGGCCGGAGUUGAUGGAUAGAUUGAAGGAACUCGAUCAGAAGAUCAAGAAGGAAAUAUCCAUGAAUGACAAGUGUAUAAAAAUUGUCGAGACGAUAGCAGUUUUCGCGACAAUUUUCUAUAUGAUCAUUCCCGUUGUGUAUUAUAUUAUUGAAUAUGGUAUAUCGGAUAAGACAAGUUUCCUGUUUUUCUUAACGUUUCACGAUGUGAUAUUAGUUCAGUCAUUGUUUAAUAGCUUCGUCUUCGACGUUGUUGUCUACGUGUUAUAUUGCAGAUUUCAAACGAUAAAUAAAUUGAUCGGUCAAUUGGAUAAGUUAUCCGAUGCACUUGCAUUCAAAAUUAGACGCAUCAGAGAAUUGCACACCGAUAUUUAUAACCUCGUCAGCAAAGUAAACGAUAUUUACAGUCUUCAUCUCCUCAUCUGCUCGACGAAUAGCUUCACCAUGGCUAUGGCUUCACUAUUCCAAUUUUACUACAUUGUCGACGUAAAUAAGACAAAUGACAUGUGGUCAUUAUUACAGAUUUUUCGUUCUAUUGUGUUCAUCACGCAAUUCUAUUUGAUUUGCUGGAUUUGCACACUUACGUGUGUAGAAUCCAAUAGGACCGGAAGUAUCAUAUACGAAAUUAUAUUAAAAUGCACACCUGUGAAUCUUGAAAAGCACGAGGCAAAUAAUCUAUCAAGUCCAGAAGUGCAACCUACACUGGAAGAUGUGGAUGGCGAGCAAAGUUUUAAUCGGAGCAGCAGUCACAAUCAGUUUUACGUCGAUAUGAGAAAUUUCUUGCGUAAAAAUCUGGAUCGAGAAUGUGUCAUAAAAGAGGUCAAUGAUUUCUCGAUCCAACUGCAGCAACAGCGAGUAGCAUUUACGGCUUGCAAUUUUUUCGAAAUAAAUAAUAGUUUGUUCAGAGGUUUCGUCGGGCUGUUUAUCACUUAUAUAAUAAUUGUCAGUCAACUUGAUGAACAAUCUGUUGGAGACUUUCGCAAACAAUUUGAUAAAGAUUUUUGCGAACUACGAAAGAAUAUUACGGAAAUAAACAAGGAAAUUCGAAUGUUUUUGAAAGAAAACCAAACGGACUUGCAGAAUUAACAAGUAAAGAUUCUGUUGAAACCUUAGAGAGCAAUUUUUGGGAUAUAAGGAAGAGGUAUAGUAGGAUAGUUCGGAAUCUAGGCUAGUAGAUCAAUGCUUGGUGGUCUAUUGUACUAGUCUAAAUAUAAUGAUUUGCACAGAUUUUCAUUGUCUAAUUUAUAUAAAAAAAUUAAUGAGACAGCACCAAGGUCGUUUUAUUCUAGUCUUAACUGUUUUUCUAUUUAAAAAUAAAAUAUUCUUCUUCCAACAAUAAUGGGAUCUCUACUUUCUAUAAAUAAUUUAGUUAAGCAAAACUCCGAGCAUUAACAAAUUUUGAAGUUCCUCUAUUUUUUUACUUUAAAUAUAUUAACAAUAUUGUGAUUAAAAUUUCGACUAAAUUGGUUGAUGUCUAAUGACGUUUAAUCCACCUAGAAUGCAAUUUCUGACAGAAGUAGAGGUUAACAAAAUAAACUUUUCGAAUAUCAUUGUUAUGAAAAA